GCCUUGCUGCCAACGGCUGCUUUCUUUCUACUCUACACAGAAAUUAUUAUACGAUACAAAUUCUAAUAAACACUAACUUGCGAAUCUGUUCUGAUUCGAUUAAAAGAUGAUGAAUCGUGACUUUUUGGAAGCUAAGCAUUUGACCUUGAAUCCUCGAUAUCAGUUCCGAUCCCAAAAUGGAGCUGCUAGAUUUGCUGGCUCCUUUGCGUGUUUUGUAGAAAGAUGGUGAUUCAUUUCUGUGUCACGCGUUUUGCGUGAGCUUUUCUUCAACUUUGCUGCGUUCUGGUGCCUUCAAGCUAAAAAGUGUUCUGAAGAUUGUGAAUAAUUUGAUUCUAAUACUUUUAAUGUACUGAUGAAGAGAAUAAUCAGUUAUCAGAGAAUGAUUUGGUGAUCUCUCGUCGGCUUCAAUAAUCUCUAGCUGGAGAAGCAUCUUCUGGUCUGUCACCGAAUAAAAGCCAGGUAACAUGUCAAGUGAAGUAAAAUCAGAUGCAAUUACUGGUCCCGAUGGCAAGGAACUAGAACUCGGACAUUUUGACGAAGCGGCCACACGUGGUGAAAAAGAGAACGUGGCUCAAAGGGAUCGUGAUGGUUUUUUUAGGCCACAAGAGUGGCCAUUUAGUAACACACUAAAACCAACAGAAUAUAGAUACUCAAGUGAAAGAUUUCUCAAAGGGACUAGAGAAGCACGAUUGGAUAUUGUGGACCCUAUAGUUGAUAGGAAUGAAAGGAGAGAGCAUCGAUCAGGAAAACAGUCUGGACCUCUACUGUCUGGUACAGCAUACUGCAUUUCUUCUUGUAGCAUGAUCUUACUGAACAAAAUUGUACUUUCCAGUUAUGCUUUCAAUGCUGGAAUUUCAUUGAUGUUCUACCAGAAUUUUAUAAGUACGGUUGUAGUAGUUGUUUUGGGUUUCUGUGGAGCGGUUACGAUUGAGAAGCCAAAUUGGAAGCUGAUUAACCUAUGGAUCCCAGUCAAUUUGAUAUUCAUUGGCAUGCUUGUUUCAGGAAUGUAUAGUUUGAAACACAUAAAUAUUGCAAUGGUGACAAUUCUGAAGAACGUGACAAAUAUUUUAACAGCGAUUGGAGAAUUUUACAUUUUCCGGAAGCGUCAAAAUGAGAAAGUGUGGACUGCCAUAUUUCUUAUGAUAAUCUCUGCUAUAAGUGGAGGCAUAACAGAUCUGUCCUUCAAUGCCUCGGGUUAUGUAUGGCAAAUAAUUAACUGCAUUUUAACUGCAAGCUACUCGCUUACCUUGCGACGUGUCAUGGACAAAGCAAAGCAUUUGACGAAAUCUGGCUCUCUAAAUGAAGUUUCAAUGGUGUUGUUGAACAAUUCAUUGUCAUUACCUUUUGCUAUCUGCUUGAUAUUCCUGUUUGAUGAAUGGGAUUAUGUAAUUAAUGCGGAAGUAAUAAGGACGCCUAUAUUUUGGGUUGUUGCAACAGGAAGUGGGCUGCUUGGACUUGCCAUUAGCUUCACCUCUAUGUGGUUCUUGAAUAAAACUGGUCCUACAACUUACAGUCUUGUAGGUUCUUUAAACAAGAUUCCUAUCUCUAUUGCUGGUUUAAUGCUGUUCAAAGUUCCCCUAAGUCUACCCAAUUUCUUCAGCAUACUAUUUGGUCUCUUUGCUGGAAUAUUGUUCGCUAAGGCCAAGAUGUCCUAAUCAUAUACAUAUUAGGAAUACAGGAAGCUUUAGUUCCUAAUAUUUUUUACCGUUUAUCCCAAGCUAUAUUGAGUACAAGAACUUGAUGAAAUAUAGUUAUACUUCAUUUCAAACUAGCUUUGUUUUUAAUAAAUUUGGGGUAAGAUACAUGAAAAAUCUGUUCGUGAAUAGAUCGGCUCUAAGAUGCAAAGCAAUUGGUCUACCCUUUCUUAUUCUAACUUGGUUUUAUUGAAAUCACGUCGCAACAUGUCACUUUCAUGAACAUUAAUUUUUUUA